CACCAACCACAACCUAAAACCUUCAAAAAUAAAAUGGCACACAAUUCUCAUACAAGCCAAUAAACCCAAAAAAUUAAAAAUAAAACCUUAAUUCUCUCUCAAUUCCCAAACACCUCAAUCACUAGAGAGAGUUCUUUCCUCCAUCAACCACCGUUGCCGGAAUCGGGCCGGUCAAUUUUUCGGCGAGAGCCAUUUUAAGAUCUCCCUAGCUAGGUAGCUUCUACAUUAUUUAUCACUAAGAUGGGAGAGAUGAAAAGCUUUCAAUUGGGUGUUAUUGGAGCCCUAUUCCUUUCUGUGGCUUCUUCUGUUUCUAUUGUCAUUUGCAACAAAGCUUUGAUGAGCAAUCUUGGCUUCCCAUUUGCUACAACAUUGACUAGUUGGCAUCUGAUGGUGACAUAUUGCACACUACAUGCUGCUCAAAGAUUCAAACUGUUUGAGAAUAAGUCCAUUGACAUGAAAACUGUUAUGCUUUUUGGUAUUCUUAAUGGUGUUUCUAUUGGUCUUCUCAACUUGAGUUUGGGUUUCAACUCUAUUGGCUUCUACCAGAUGACCAAGCUUGCCAUUAUACCAUUCACUGUGUUGUUAGAGACAUUAUUUCUCAAUAAACAAUUUAGCCAACAAAUAAAGCUAUCUCUGUUAGUUUUACUGUUUGGAGUUGGGAUUGCCUCAGUGACAGACCUCCAACUCAAUCUUGUUGGAACAAUUAUCUCUCUUCUUGCCAUUGCAACAACCUGUGUUGGCCAAAUUCUUACAAACACAAUUCAAAAGAGAUUGAAUGUAUCAUCAACACAAUUGCUAUACCAAUCAGCACCAUUCCAAGCAGCAAUUCUAUUUGUAUCAGGGCCAGUGGUAGACCAAUUUUUGACCAAAAAGAAUGUGUUUGCUCACCAAUACAGUCCCAUUGUUUUGGCCUUUAUAAUCCUUUCUUGCAUAAUCUCAGUAUCAGUGAAUUUCAGUACUUUUUUGGUGAUUGGAAAAACAUCACCAGUGACAUACCAAGUUUUGGGUCAUCUCAAAACUUGCCUUGUUCUUGGCUUUGGCUACACAUUGCUUCAUGACCCUUUUACUCAUAGAAACAUUCUUGGAAUUUUGGUUGCCAUUUUUGGUAUGGGAUUGUACUCUUAUUUUUGUACUCAAGAGAACAAAAAGAAACAAUCUGGAGACACUAUCUCUUUGCCCUCUCAGAUCAAAGAUAAAGAUGGGAGUCCACUACUAUUGGGAGGGAUUAAGAACAUGGUUCACCAAGAAAAAGAUAGUCAUGAAGUCAAGAAAUCUGCAAAGGACUCUCUUGUUUGAUUAUAUAUAAAUAGCUAGGCUUUGGGAUUAAAGGAUCUUUUUUUUCUUAUUUUCUUUCUUCCAAUUUGUAUCACUCUCUUCUAUUUUCUUCAAUUUGAAGAUAUGAUAAAUUGAGUGUAAAUGAAUUUUGAUUCUUUAAAAUAAAAUAUAAUCUUAUACCUCCA